AUGGGCCAUGAGGAGCAAUUUUCUCUCAAUCAUCCAGAUGUUCGCAAGGUGUUGGGGCUACCUGACAAAGAUGCUCCGCUGGCAACUGCAAAUUCUGGAGAAAUUGGUACCCCUGGAGUCCCUGGAGCAGAACCAUCAACAAAGCAGCACAAUGUCUCCAUCCAAAACCUAUCAGCUCAAGAAUUGCUUGCACUGUCGGUUCAACUCUUAGCAAAAGGACAUCAAGAUCGGGCAAUUCCUCUACUACGACUUGCUCUUGACAAGGAUCCCGACUAUGUGAGAGCUUUGGUUGUUAUGGGGCAGACACUAUUGCAAAAAGGACUAUCCGCCGAGGCUACUGAAUAUUUAAAGCAGGCAGUCUCCAAGCACAUUGAGGCUUGCCAAGGUCUUUUGGGGCCUAAGCGCGAGGUGCAAGGCAAAGAGAAGUAUGGGUUUCAUUGA